AUGCGCAACCUCCAAAUUGAGAAGUUGGUUCUCAACAUCUCUGUUGGUGAAUCUGGUGAUAGACUCACUCGUGCCGCCAAGGUUCUUGAACAAUUGACUGGUCAAACUCCCGUCUACUCCAAGGCCCGUUACACUGUCCGUACUUUCUCCAUUCGUCGUAACGAAAAGAUUGCCGUUCACGUCACUGUCCGUGGUCCUAAGGCUGAGGAAAUCCUCGAACGUGGUUUGAAGGUCAAGGAAUAUGAACUCAAGGCUCGUAACUUCUCUGACACUGGUAACUUUGGUUUCGGUAUUGAUGAACACAUUGAUUUGGGUAUCAAGUACGAUCCUUCUAUUGGUAUUUACGGUAUGGAUUACUAUGUUGUCUUGGGUCGUCCUGGUUUCCGUGUCUCUCGCAGAAAGCACUGCAAGUCCAAGGUUGGUGUCAAGCACCAAAUCAAGAAGGAAGAAGCUAUGGAAUGGUUCAAGCAACGUUUCGAUGGUAUCAUCUCUUACAAGAACUAA